AAUGAAGAGUCAGUCGUACAAUCGCUCAUGCAAAUUGCAUUUCAAGAUGUGCCGCGUCUUGCUUCUCAUUCUUGUCUGCGUUUUCAUCUUGAUAGAUGCCGCAAUCGCGGCAUGCAUCACCAGCAAACACGAGGAGGGAUUCGGCGAGCGUCUAAAAUGCUCCAACGUGACGUUGAACACUGCCCUAUUUUCCGGCGGGCCGAUCGUGGACGACAUCAUGAUCUUUCAAUCGCAGAUUCAAAAUAUUUCCGAUCAGUCGUUCCUGAGAUACAGUCAGAAUUUAGUUUCUCUAAACAUGCAUGACUGCGGCAUUAAGGAAAUUUCCGAUCACGCAUUCGACAAUCUGAGGAAACUGAAAAAGCUUAGUUUGCAGUACAAUUACAUCAAAUCGAUAAAAGAUCAGUGGUUCGUAGAUCUGACAUCGCUACAGCAAUUAGACCUAUCAUACAAUCUGAUCGCAUCGAUCGAGCCUACAGUCUUCGAGAAAUUGCGAGGUCUUAAAUGGCUCGACGUUAAAGAGAAUCGUUUAACGUGUCUGGAACCGACCCAGCUUGUACCAAUGGCCAGUCUCGAGAAACUCCGCUUCUCCGGAAAUCCCCUCACCUUACAGUGUCGUGGCACGUUGACGUUGUGGUUGCAAGAUCUGGGCAUAAGUUACAAGACCGAUCAACGCGAGGAGGAUAACUGGCUGGAUAAUAUAUUGUGGCUAUGCGCAGCAGAUGACGUUAAGAUAGCCAAUUCUGAAGUUUUCAUGAAAGAAUGUGUCGUGCUGAAUCUAUUCAAUCAACUUCGUACGGGUUUGACUACGGCCGAAUCUUUUCCCCUGUCUAUUUCUCAGGAAUGUAUACAUUCAAGAGAUGAACUAACAAAAUGUAUCACUGCGGAUGGCAAAUAUGGUAGAGAAGUUAUUACUAAUGGACACGUUGUAAGAAUGCUAUUAAGACUGCUCCAAGAAUGGAAAUCGAUUGUAUAACGCGAUAGAUAUAUCAGAUUUCUAUAUCAAUUUUAAUUUAAAAACGUCAUAUUUGACAGCUCGAAAAAAUUUGUAUUCGCAGAAUAACAUUUCACAAAAAUGA